AUGUUUGAAAAUGGAUUUCCUACUGAAUGGACCAUGUCUCUUGAUGAAAUGAGGCAUUCAGAGCUUGGAAUCUUAAGGAUAUGUUUAAAACAUGAGGACAUGCUGGAAAGUGAAAUAAAACGAAGUAAAUUAGAGAAAAAUGUAUCAACAAAAAAUUAUAAGGUUAAAGGAAAGGAUGAAGUUGGUGCGACAAUGGAUUUUAUGGAUUUAGAGCGACAGAGGGGGAUAACAAUUCAGUCAGCGGCUACUUAUGUAGAUUGGCAUGACACGAACAUUAACAUAAUUGACACUCCUGGUCACGUUGACUUUACUGUCGAAGUAGAAAGAGCGUUGAGGGUCUUGGACGGUGCAGUUCUAGUACUAUGUGGUGUUGGAGGGAUCCAGAGUCAAACUUUUACUGUUGAUCGGCAAUUGAAGAGAUACGGCGUUCCUUUUCUAACUUUUAUUAAUAAACUUGACCGGACAGGUGCCGAUCCUCUGAGAGCGCUGAAAGGGCUUAGAAGGAAACUGCAACACAACGCUGCUUUACUUCAACUACCGAUGGGAAAAGAGUCGAAUUUUACGGGGGUGGUGGACUUGAUCAGGCAGUGUGCUGUUUACAAUGAAGGGCCCGGUGGUGAAGAGGUUCGAGUUGACGAGAUACCUACUAAUUUCAGGAAACAAGCGGAAGACUUUCGUCAGGAGCUAGUAGGUGACUGUUCUUCCGGAAGAUGCGAAAGAGGCCCUGGGAUGGUCUUGGCUGCCAUCUUUUUUCGUCUUCUGAAAGGAGCGGCGAAAGUGGCGAAAAUCACUUUUAAGUUGCACUUAGCGGGACAAGGCUCUGUUGUUGAUGAAGAUUUGGUAGGCCUACUUUGGACGAGAUCGUUUAUUAAUGAGUUUUGGAGGCCAGACGUAUAG